CUUUGAACCUCCUAUGAAAACAUAAACACAGGUUGUCUGGGAACAUGAUUUGACUGCUCGAACCACAUAAAACCUCAGUGGAAGAAAACUAUAAAAAUUUAAAAAACAUGGAGCAAAAUAGACACAGAUUGCUGCAUGGGGAAGUGAAGGCUAGUGCAGGGAAACACAAGAGUUGGAGAAAUGAAAAAUGGUUGGAUAGAAAAGAGCAAUGGAAAGGUGCCGGCUUGUGUGAGCUGGAACUGAAAAUAAGGAUGGAGGGUGGCUUGUCUGGAAAAAUGGGGGGAAAGGAGAGAGUAGAUGGAGACAAAAAAGUCAAAUAUAAAACUGCAGGACAUGCUACAAAGAGACAAAGUCAAACAAUAGAUGGUUUGAGGAUGGGAUCUGCUGGGGAUGGUAAAAUAAAUCCUGAAGAGAUGGUACAAGAGGAAUUAAAGGGAAUGUGGAGGAAUGAAACCCCAGUAAAAGGAAACAGGGAAGGCAAUGUGAUUAUGAGUAGACUCAAUAAAGAAGAAAGUGGAGGUCAACUGGAAUUGAGUGACUACCUUGUACUUUUGAAGUCAUUGCGCAUCAACUUGCCCAACGGUGUUCUAAACCCUAAAGUCAUCAGACUCUCACAGAAUGCAGAUAUUGUUCAGAGAGCCCAGGCUAUUGUCAAAGAGCUGGAGAACUUCAAGCUCCAGUUUAACAGCACUCCACGUCUGGGCUGUCGGGAAGUUAAGGAAACACUGGCAUUGAAAGACAAGGGUAAAGUUCUCGAAAUCACACAGAUGAUUUUCUUUGAAAAACAAAAAGAUGCUGAUGAAGUUUUAAGAGCAAAAUGGAGGGAGAAUGUAUCAAACACAGUCUGCGGUUUCAGGUUAAGAGACAAAUACAAAACAAUGGCCAUCUCCACACCUGCUAUGUAUGCUACAACCCAGACAAGGUGCUGGAGAAAUUUAGAAGUUGGAGACAAUCUUGCCAAUAUUUCUGAUGGUGUGACAAUGAAAGUCCAUGAUAUUGAGAAAAGAGACUAUUGCGAUGAGUCAACUCUCUGGACAAGCUCCCCAUGUCCAAAAAGAUUUGGCAAAUUCUUUGAGAACCUGGCAGAUGAAGUUGAAUGCCUCAAGUUCUUCCAUGAGCUGGGAGAAACUGUCAAAAACAAGAGAGUGAGGUACACCAGAAACAGCAAAGUAGACUUUGGGUUUCUCAGUGGAAGACUGGACUUCUUAGCAGAAGUAACAGGCUCAAGAGCUAAUGUCAAAGCAAAUGGGGCAGAAAGCGAUAAAAUUGUGAUUGAGUGUAAAGGAACCACUGGAGAUAUGGUGGGAAAGCUCUUCACCAAACCAAAAAAUGGUGGCCGUUGUGCACAACUGAAUGAAACCCAUCAGUACUGCUAUCAGGUUCAGGCCUACAUGUACAUCUUAAACAGGGUGGGAAAGCAGACACAAGCCUUCACUUCGGAUAGGGCUGUCAUGGUGAUCAGACACUACCACAAGAAUGCACAAGAACCCAGAGAUUUUUACUGGAAUUACCUCAGGAAGAAUGAAGCAGUACAGCAGAAAAUCGAUGAACUUUGCGUUUUCUGUCAAGAAGAGGUUCUAGCAUGUUUUCUGGCUCUGCUCAAUCUGAUUUUCCAGAAAGGAACAUGAUAAGAGGAUCUAGAAUUGGACAUUAAUAGUUGCCAUGUGCCUUAAUGCUGAAACAAUGUGUGCAAACCUUCAUGAUUAUUUAUGAUUUUUAAAAUAUACAUAUAUGUCUGUCUGUCUGUCUGUCUAUCUAUCUAUUAUGAAGACAUCUCAAGAAGUGGACUGUGAAUUUGCUUUGAAAUUUGGAUGUUACUUUGGAUUACCUGCACUGCGUGAUAUUGUGUUUUCUAUGUGGAUCAUUGUUUCAAAGAAGCCUCCAAACUUGGAUCAUUAUGGACUGUGUUUAAACCCACAUGCUAACAGGACCUCAAAGACUUGAUGAGUGAUUAGCUGCUACAUUGACUUAUAUAUAUUUUUGUGUGUUUUCUUUUGAUUCUCAAUAAACUCAUUCUAGAACGGUAAAGUCUCUAAUAUAGACAUAUUUGAUAAUAGGUAUGUAAAAGAAGAAUAGUCAUUUGGUGUGUAUAUGUAUAUGCUAACUUUGUUUCUUUGUUUGAUGAUCUUUGUUUUUUGUUUGGUGACUAUGUUUCUUUGUGCAAUGGCAUGAAAUGCCAACUAACAAAUAUAGCUUGGUUGAGCAUCUUC